CAUUCACUGUGGCGGUUCGUUUUGUAAUUUCAGAAACCAACACAACACUGUCUUUAAAACCAAACCACCUUAAACCUCUUGUUCUCAUAACUCAUUACUCAAGCUCAAAACAAAAACCGUGACCAAAAAAACAUGCAACCCUCAUAUUGUGUGAAGGAGAAUAAACCCUGUGUGGGUUGGGUUCAAAACUACUUCAGUGACUGUCUCUGCAAUUUGAGUGAUGAUAUCUCAUUCACUUUUGGUUUCAUCAGUUUAGUUUGUUGGGGUGUUGCUGAAAUUCCUCAGAUUAUUACUAAUUUUCGUGCUAAGUCUAGUCAUGGUGUUUCUCUUGCUUUUCUUCUUACUUGGAUUGCUGGAGAUAUAUUCAACUUGGUGGGUUGUCUUUUAGAACCAGCUACGUUGCCAACUCAAUACUACACAGCUCUGCUUUACACAAUCACAACUAUCGUAUUAGUAUUGCAAAGCUUCUAUUAUGAUUACAUCUAUAAAUGGUGCUGCAACCGUCGUCAAAAGAUCAACGUCCAAGAGGGUUAUGAUGAGGAAGAGAAAAAACCAUUGAAACCAAAACAAGCAGAUGAGUCUGGGAUUCCAAUAAGAAGUGGCAAACACAGAACAAUUAGUAGACCAGAGUAUUACUAUGGAUCAGCAAGAUCAUUGGCCGGUAAUAUGACUCCGCCAUCUCGAACAUACAUGAGAGUUGCUAAAAGUGGACCAUCUGCAAUGGGAUUAGACGAAAAUUCAUCUUCCGAUGACGAGGCGCAUUCACCUCCUGCAACACAACCGAGACUAAUCCCUCGUUCUGCGGGAAGCUAUGGAACAUUUCUAGCAACAUCACUUAGCUUGCCUAUGCAGAGUAAUGCUUUGAAAGUGGGAUACAUAGCACUGACUGGAAGAAAACUACUCUCCCAAGAACAUGUAACACACAGUGCAUUAGGUCAAUGGUUGGGAUGGCUCAUGGCUGCUAUCUAUACCGGUGGUCGAAUACCUCAAAUAUGGUUAAAUAUUAAAAGAGGGAGUGUUGAGGGGUUAAAUCCUUUCAUGUUCCUCUUUGCACUGAUUGCCAAUGCCGCUUACGUGGGAAGUAUUCUUGUAAGAACUACAGAAUGGCAAAGUAUCAAAGCAAAUUUGCCAUGGCUAUUGGAUGCAAUAGUUUGCGUUGCAUUGGACCUAUUUAUAAUAUUGCAGUACAUCAAUUACAGAUACCAUCGGAAGACAACUGCGAAUGAUGAUUAUGGUAACUAUGAAAACCACAAAGAAGUGAGAAAAACUAUUGUUUCUUGAUUUAUGGACAUGUAACAUUAAUUUUGAUUGAAUUUGAACAAUAUUAUAGUAUAGUUUUAGUUUACAAUAACAUUCAGCUGUUACUGGUUGGGUCUUGCUAUAGUUUGAUGUGGUGGUUUUGUAACAUCUAAUAUAUGUUAAUUACAAUUGUGCGGCUCUUAGUUAUAUAUUUGAGAAUUUUAAUAU